AUGGGGCAUAUCAGAGCUGUGUUAUAUAAGUUUGGAGACGAAAUUGGUCUCAAGACACUAGUCAAGUCAAGUAGUGAUGUGUUUAUCAUCAUUUGUCUUCGUAUGAUUAGAUUAGUUGGUUUUGGAGCAACGUCGUUAAUUUUAGCGCUCUAUUUGAACGAGAUAAGUUUUGAUGAAGAAAGCAUUGGAUUUUUUAUGACAAUCACUUUCGUUGGGGACUUAAUAUCGAGCUUCAUUUUGGCCGUUGCUGCAGAUAGAAUUGGUAGAAAAAAUGUCUUAAUUUUGAGUUCUAUUGUGAUGUCGCUUACAGGAGUAUGUUUUUUUGCACUUGAAAAUAAACUUAUUCUUACAGUGGUAGCGUUCGUUGGUAUAUUAACCCCAAGUGGUGGUGAAGUGGGACCAUUCAGGUCAGUGGAGCAAAGCUCUAUUGCUUCCAUCGCGCCAUAUGAACAGCGCUCAGAUGUUUAUGCUUGGUACACUUUCUUGGGGACCUUUUGUGCUGCUUUGGGCUCUGUUUUGAGUGGUAAAUUGAUUGACUACUGUAAUAAAGUUUUAGAAUAUCCAUUAAUAAAGAGCUACAAGAUGGUCUUUUUAGGAUAUACAUUGCUUUCCAUAUUGACAUUAGUCUUAUCAUGUUUCCUUUCUCAUAAAGUUGAGUGGUCGACUGAGGUCGCAAGCGAAGAGUCAGGUCAAAUAGAUAAUGAAAGAGAAGGCGAGCCAUCGGAGGCCUCACAAUUGUUGUCAGGUACUUCCUCGAAGGACCACAAGAAGCAUUCGAAACAGUGGAAGUUUUUGCCGUCUUUGGACCUGUCAGUUUUAGUACUUGUUACGAAAUUAUCUUUAUUGUUUGCUCUAGACUCAUUCGCAUCUUCUUUGGUCCCAAUGUCAUGGCAAUCUUACUAUAUAAAGUAUAAGUUCAAUGCCCUGGCUACAUAUCUAGGCUCAAUUUUUUUUGUCACAGGAAUAGUAAGUGGGUUUAUGUCGUUGUUGGGCACUUCACUAAAUAAGAGAUUGGGGCCAGUCGUAACGAUGGUUGUGACACACUUGCCAGCGUCAAUUCUUUUAGCUCUAGUACCUUUGCCCAAUUCCUUAUCUCUUACUAUGGCAAUUCUUGUUAUAAGAGCAUCGACCCAAACAAUGGAUGUUGCACCAAAGCACGUAUUCCUUGCCACUAUAGUACCUCCUGAAAGUAGAACUGCUAUCUUUGGUUGGGUGAAUGUUGUUAAAACUUUGGCUCAAGUGGUUGGGCCCUCUAUCGUUGGAAUAUUGACACAUCAUAACUCCCAAUGGAUUUCGUUCGUCAUAGCAGGUGUUUUGAAGGCAACUUAUGAUAUUGGUAUCUUGGGAACUUUCCUAGCAUUUAAUAGGCAUCAGCAGCAUUGA